CGAAAUGAAAAAGCGCCGCCGCGUCGGAAGUGGGGAGGAAGCAGAGGGCAGCGAAUAGGUAUAUUAUGUUAUAGAGUAACGACAAAUUAGCAGCCUUCGUAACUCGUGGAUACUCACUCGUCGAUUGUUUUCAUAGUAUAGCGCGCAACAGCAGCAACAAGUCGAACGUCGAUCGGCGACCGUGGCACACACACACACACACACACGAUACAUAACAUUAACGCGUUCACGAUUUAAUAUUAUCAUACCGCGGUAUGACCGGUGACAACACGUUAUUUUUUCAAUUUGGUAUAUUUCGCGUGUACGCGACCGCGGUAUGAGCUACCGGGUAUACUAAAAAAGCCACCUGUUAUACCAGCUCGGUAGUUAUACGAUAUCGUAUACAUUUCGCGGAGACGUCGUACUGGGAAUACAAUAUAACACUUGAUAUCGUUGUACACCGGCCACGAAUAGAAUAUAAUAUAAUAUAUAGUUGUAUACCAAGUGACAUUUUCGUUGCGACUCGACCGAUUCAACUCGUGGCCUAGAAAUACAUCGUUGUGUGUCCACUACGGCGUUUGAUUGGCGAAGACGAUUUCAAACCAUGUCGUAAGUCGAUUGACUUUUUCAAAUUUCGGAAUCCAUUAUUACACUGCACCAUGUACCCGGCAGAUCGUCGUGAUUUCGGACGAAAGGUAUGCAAUAUAAUAUAGUGUCAAUAACUGAUAGCGAUUUGAAAAAAAAAAUAAACAUUUGGGUACGCUCCAACUACCAUUGUCUCCAUUUUACAAGUGCAUACGAGUACAAGUCAUGUGCUCAUAUCUUGUACACUCCAAAUAUAUUCGGACGACAUGUUUGAACCAGAAUCCAAGUGUACUUUUCUUUCGGACAUAUUCGAUUUAACUCAUAGCUGCGUUUAAUCACUGUCACAGACAACCCCGAAAACACAAUGACCUACGAUACUAGUGGGGUAAAACGCGAGAAGUCGUCGCCACCAGAAGACAACCACGAAUCAUGGCAGGCCAUGAGCAUCAUGUCAAAAGCCAAAUUCAUGCUGAAACAUUGUACGGUGGAGCCGAUGUUGGGAUGCUAUAUAGUGUCCAGCGUGUUGGCGUCGCUCGCCACGCAGAAUCUGAACUUGCAGAAGGCGUGCCGGGUGAACCUCCGGCUGGACAACUCCACGUGCUCGGCGCUGGAGAGUCGGACGAUGAAUAACUACACGAGGGAGGAUGAGGUGGUGGUUCAAGAACUGGUGGCCGACAUGAUAAUAUGGAAGACGAUCGUGCAGAGCAGUAUACCGUCGGUUCUAAUAAUAUUCAUCGGGUCGUGGAGCGACCGGAACCACAAGCGCAAACCGUGCAUGCUGAUACCAAUCAUCGGUGAAUUCCUCACCAGCAUUGGCCUGUUGGUCUGUACUUACUACUUUUACGAUCUCCCGAUGGAGGUGGCCGGGCUCGUGGAGUCCGUACCGCCAGCUAUGACUGGCGGAUGGAUGACCAUGUUCAUGGCCGUGUUCAGCUACGUCGGAGACGUGACUACGGUGAAAAUGCGAACGUUGAGAAUCGGUAUAGUGAACGUUUUCUGUUCUGUGGGUGUGCCCAUCGGUACCGCGUUAUCUGGUGUACUGUUCCGAGAACUCGGAUUUUAUGGCGUAUACAUCAUAGCCACAGUAUUGUACAUAUUUGCUUUUGUGUAUGGCAUGGUCUUCAUCAAGGAGACGAAACCAGAGAUAAGUAUUGAGAGUAAAGAGCCACCGAGGGAAACGUCCUGUGUGGAUUUCCUCAAGGACUUUUUCAGCCUGAGCCAUAUUAAAGAGGCCGUCCGAGUGACAUUUAAAGAAGGACAGUACAACCGAAGACUAAGAAUUAUUGCUUUGAUGGUUGUCGUCAUCGUCGUAAUGGGCCCUUUGCACGGUGAAAUGUCUGUGAUGUAUCUGUUUACACGUGUAAGAUUCAAUUGGGACGAAGUGAACUACAGUAUGUUUUCCACGUAUUCAAUGAUUACUAAUCUUGUAGGUACAAUGUUUUCGGUUGGAGUGUUCAGUCACAUGCUGCAAAUCGACGACGCCUUGAUUGGAGUAAUAUCAUGCAUGAGCAAAAUAUUGGCCGGAUUCGUUUACGCGUUUGCCACAACGGAUUUCGUAUUUUAUUUGGCACCACUUGUUGAUAUUGUAAACGGCACAUCAUUUAUCGCCAUGAGAUCGAUUAUUUCCAAGCUCGUACCACCCGAUGAACUAGGAAAGGUAAACUCGCUUUUUGGCGUAUGUGAAGCUCUGGUGCCCCUAAUUUAUGGACCAAUGUACAGCGCUGUAUACAAGGCCACGCUGAAGACGGUUCCUGGAGCGUUUUUCUUACUUGGUGGCGCAUUAACUGCUCCUGCUGCUCUCAUAUUUCUAUGGAUGUACAAUGAACAUAAAAAGGAACGGAGAGAAAAAGAAGCAGAGAUCAGAGACGAAAAAAAGAAAUCUGAGGCGUUGAAGAAAAAAAAUAGUUUGGACUUCAGGAUAUCCUCGCACGACUUCGACUUGAAAACUAUAUUAGAUAGACGGACACAGACUCACAGAGGUUCGGGACAAUUUUCAAGUCUAGGAUUGGACAACAUCGCAUUCCAGAUGGAAGAAGGAACUACCAAAGGCAAAUAAUCUUGACGAUUAUAACAAUAUAUUAUUGAGUAUUUUUUUAUUCCUAAUGUCAUGAAGUCACAACUUCGUUCAUUCGUUCCGUGUGUAAUAUGUGUACAUAAGUUAAGACGUCCGUGCAAAUUAACUGUACAAUAACUCUGUUUGAAAAUCAGUAACUUAAUGUCCAUAUUAUGAUUUUUAAUUUUCGCCUGUAAGUUGGUAUCGUCAUGGUUGAAAACAAAAUAUUUUCGUAUACGUUUAAUGUUUUCCCGCGUAUGGGGAAUUCAGCGUUAGGUUGUGGUACAAUUUACCUUGAAAAUAUGACCAUUGUUUUCCUUGAUGUGAAUUAGUGUAUUAUACUUGUAGUCAUAAAUAAAGUCACCUGCAGGCGUCUAAAUGACGACCCCACUGACCCAAAUAAAAAUAUUGUAGAAUAUAAUAAUAUAUAUACUGUUAAUAAUAAUUUAGUCAGGCGAGUUAUAUAAUGUUAUACUAUUUGUAGUAUAUUGUCUUAUAGACAUAAAAUACAGCUUUCCUAAUUUUUCCUGACUGACUUAAAUAUCUAAAUUUUAAGUUACCCAUCUUUGUACAUGUAAAUAUACAUAAAUAUAUAAAUAUUCAAGCUUAUACAUAAUUUUACAUCAUAAUUAUGUUUCAUAAUAUAUUUUCACCGCGAGGUAUUAAAAAUAAUUGAACUAUAUUGGUUCGGUUAAACAACAUAGAUUUAAGACAGUUAAUAUAGUUUUGACCUUAUUUUUUUAUACGGACUCCGAAGUACGAAUGUUAAAUUAGUAGUUCAGUAGUUUAGUAACAACUCUUUACUGUAACUUAUAAGUUUAUUUAGUAUAAAAUACAUAGAAAAGAAUCACAGUUUUAGAAUAGUAAUUUGAAAACUGUAUAGAUUUGUAUAUUAUUAUUAUAUUACCAGAUAUAUUAAAAUUUAAUUUUGUUUAAUAAGAUAUAUAUAAGUGAUAAUAAACAAACUUGUUGACAUUAAAUUAAAUCGUAGAUGAUUUAAAAACUCUAUUUUGAUUUUGUAAACUUUGGGAGGUGUAAUAUCCAUCGGGCACCAUGGGCCAUUACUUCACUUAUAAAUCCUCCGCUCGUACUUGCGAACCUGCAAUACCUCCAAGAAAAUAGUCACCAUAUUUUAUACUAUACAUAGAUAUUUAAGAACAAAAAAAAUGUUUUAUGCAUUGUAACGUUUUUAUUUCUGCGAUUGAGUAAUUCAAUUUUAAACAAUUAAUCUGUAAACAUUUGUUAGUUUUUAAGGUUUUUGUUGAAUUAUAUUAUAAAUUUGUCGUUUUAAAUUACCUACCUAAAAAAAUAAAAAUUAUAUAUGAAGGUUCUCCUUUACUCAUUAUACAAAUAUAUUAAUAUUCAAUAAAACAAUAUAGUGCUAUGUUAACACGAGA